CCCCCACCCCCGCAAUAUUCCUCCAUUUCCACUCAUUUCCCUUUGCUUUUUCACACACGCAACCCCCAACCCUUCUCUCUCUCUCUCUCUUCCUUCCAAUCCAAAUCUAUGGCCCAAAAGAGAGACAAAGAAGAAACCGAGCUCAAGGUCCCGGAAAACUUACCCAUAUGCACCCCGCCGCAGACCCUUCCCUCGCCUCACCCACAGCUUCCCGCCGCCAGAUCGCCGGAUACAUCAGAUCCGAAGCAAUCGGGCGCCUGUGACCCGAGAAUCAGCUCCGCCGCUUCCCCUGAUAAGCCCGAUCUGGUAGCUCCGAUGGAGAACCGUGGGGGGUCGUUGAAGAGACCCAGGGAGGUGACCCGGUGUUCCGGGUCGGGUUGCAGGAAACGAAUCGGGUUGAUGGGUUUCCGAUGCAGGUGUGGUGACGUGUUCUGUUCGGAGCACAGAUACUCAGAUCGGCACGACUGCAGCUACGAUUACAAGGCGGCUGGGCGGGAGGCGAUUGCGAGGGAGAAUCCAGUGGUUAGGGCUGCGAAGCUCCUCAAGGUUUGAGGAAAAAGUAGGGGUCCAAAAGAAAUCCAAGAUCUGGGGUUUUCGAAUUGUUGGUGUGCGUUUGAGGGUAGUUUUUUAGUCCAUUAAUUCUGUGUAAUGGUGGGGGGUUGGCCGGCCGGCCGGUCGGGCGGGCGUCGGAGGGUUGUGCUUUGUUGUAAAUUCGAUGGAGAGUAGGGGCACUGUUGUCAUUUGGAUUAAUUAAUUAUCAUAAAUGGGAGUUGAAAUUCUUGUUUUGCAAUUUAA